UAAAAUUAUCAUCGAUCUAAAAACAUCUCCAACCGCGACUAAACAAGAAGAAGAUGCGCGCACAGACACACCUGUAAAAACAGAAAGAUCAACAACAAAAACCCAAUUAAGAUAAGCUCAAAAGGAAUUUAAUUUGAGUUUCAAAUCUAAUUUUCGGAGGCAACCCCAUCUCUAAAACUCUCUUCUCGGGGUGUUUAAAGUCUCUCCUUUUUCUUUUUCAUUUUUUUUUUGUUUCUAUUGUUGUUGUCGUUAUUUGUUGGCUAAUGUAGGUUACCCUUUUUGUUAAGGUUAAGGUUGAGGUUUUGUUUUCUUUAGUUUGGUAUCAGAAUACUAUUGUGAAUCAGUUUCUCAUGCAAUUCCAUUGAUUGGAAGAAUAUAAUUCCCUUUUAUCCCUAGAAAAAAGGGUCAAUUAACAGGUUAUCAUUGCAUUUGCGAUUUCAGGGUAUUUGAUAUUUUCUUUAAAAUUUUUAAACUGGGUUUUGUUUUUAGCUGUAGUUUGGUGGGUUAAGUUUUAGACCCUGAUUUUGAGGAAACAAAGAGUUUGUUUCUUUUUCUUUGUGUGCGUGUGUGGGGUUUUUGAUUUGUCUUUGCAUAAAAGAUAAGAGGAAAGAGAGGAGAAGUGGAGUUUUGGGUAUUACAAAUCAGGAGUAGUCGGUUUUGGUUACUGAGAGAGAAUGAGUUUUGUAGGAGAAAAGGAGACAUGAAAGGUGGGAUUAUUGUGGGUCUAGAGGUACAAUGAAUGGAGGGUCAUUAGGUCAAAGGGGGAGCUAUGGAUCGUUGUUGUGUGAUGGAAAAUCAUCAAAUAAUGCACGAAAACCAUCUUCGAAAAUGCUGCCAGUUAGUUCAAGGGAGAAGGAACGGGUUCUCCUGGGUAUUACCCGGUGUUUGGGACGUAGAAGAUUUGCAAUGUUGCUCUUGGUUUCACUUGCUCUCCUAGUUUUCAUCUGGGGUUCCUUUACAGUCACUAAAGAAACCACAAGUCCAACUGUUAGACCAACGGGUAGUCUACAUUUUGACAACAUCGCUAAAGUAAGCCAUCGUUCCACUGUUUGUCAUUAUAAAGUUAAUAGUACAUUGGGCCAUCCAUGCGACAAGUUUUCUCUCCCUCCUCCCCCUCCUUCUGGUGGACGACGGAUUGGACCACGCCCGUGUCCAGUAUGUUACAUUUCUGCUGAGCAAGCUAGAGCUAGCAUGCCAUGCUCCUCAUCCGCAUCACCAGUACUGCACAACUUGACAUAUGUUGUUGAUGAAAACCCAGUAAAAACUGAAUCACAUGGAGGUUCGGACUUUGGUGGAUAUCCUUCUCUAAAGCAGAGGAAUGAUUCUUUUGAUAUACGUGAAUCAAUGACAGUUCACUGUGGAUUUGUUAAAGGAAAUAGACCUGGUUUCCAGACUGGAUUUGAUAUUGAUGAAGCUGACCUGAUGAAACUGGAAGAUUCCCAUGAGGUCAUUGUUGCGUCAGCCAUAUUUGGGAACUAUGACAUAAUACAACAGCCACAGAACAUUAGUGAAGCAGCUAGGAAAAAUGUUCCUUUCUAUAUGUUUAUUGAUAAAGAGACAGAAAUGUAUUUGAAGAAUUCUAGCGCCCUAGAUAGCAAUAUGAGGAUUGGACUGUGGAGGAUUAUUGUUGUCCGUAACAUUCCUUACACUGAUGCAAGACGUAAUGGAAAGGUUCCAAAACUUUUAUUGCAUAGGCUCUUGCCUAAUGUUAGGUAUUCCAUAUGGAUUGAUGGAAAGCUCCAGCUUGUCGUGGAUCCAUAUCAAGUUCUUGAGAGAUUCUUGUGGCAGCAAAAUGCCAGUUUUGCAAUCUCAAGACACUAUCGCCGAUUUGAUGUGUUUGAAGAGGCUGAAGCUAACAAAGCUGCAGGAAAGUAUGGCAAUUCUUCCAUUGAUUACCAGAUUGAAUUUUAUAAAAAGGAGGGUUUAUCGCCAUAUUCCAAGGCUAAGCUUCCAAUAACCAGUGAUGUUCCUGAAGGUUGUGUUAUCAUAAGGGAACAUAUUCCCAUCACAAAUCUGUUUACCUGCCUGUGGUUCAAUGAAGUUGAUCGGUUUACUGCCAGGGAUCAGUUAAGCUUUUCCACAGUGAGGGAUAAAAUGAUGGCUAAAGUUGAUUGGAGCAUCAAUAUGUUUCUGGAUUGUGAGAGGCGUAAUUUUGUGAUUCAGGCUUACCACAAAGAUCUAUUGGACCAAAUGCCACCCCCGGUUGCUCCUGCUAUUCGACAUCCCCCACCUUUGCAUCGUGAUAGUUCAUCCGGGAGGAGCUCAGGUAAAAAUUCUAGGCGUGGAAGAGAUAGGAGAUCUGGUUCAAGGCAACACCGCAAGGCUGCUGCGGGUAUUAGGGAGAAACAAGCCUUUUUGUAGGAGAGGUAUACUUAGGUUUUCCCCCAUCAUACAGCAAGGGAUGAUGGAUUUGGUUAGAAAUAUUUAGAAUGGCCCCAGAACGAAGCAACUCAAAUUUUGUUUGGAAAUUGUUGAUGUCUCAUAUUCUUUCAUUGCUGUAAAUACUUGAUAUCAAAUAAGCUCCUUGGAAGCUGCAAUCAUUUAAUGUCAUCUAGAUUUUCAUUUCCUGGCUCA